AUGAAUAGCGAAAAGAGGUAAAAACGAGCAAAGAUUUAUCAGUCCGAAAUAGAGAGAAUGUAAGAUGAUUAAUUCUAUCAAUAAUAUUUUGGAGCAGAGGAUAGUGAAGAGGACGAAGAUUAUGAAGCCAGCAGUAGUCAGCUUGCUGAAUAGGAUGAAUUUGAUUCAGAUUUUUCGAUGAACUCAAGGGAGUUUCAAGAAAUCAGAAAUCAAGCAAAUAAUCAAAACAAUGGUGAUAAUUAAAAUUCAUAAAAAGGGGUGAAGAAGAGAAAAAGAAAAGAUUCUAAUGAAUCUUCAUCUAAUUAGAAACAGAAGAGCAAGACAGAAGGAGCUUCAAAUAAUAAUAAAUCAAAAAAAGGUUCCUCAGACAUCUAGCAAGCAAAAAGCAAACGUGGUAGAAAACCCAAAAAAUAACAAGGUGAAGAGGAUAAUUAAUUGGAUGCUGAAACAAACGAAAAGGGCCAUACUAAUUCAAAUGAGUAGAAUUAGGAUGAAAAUAUGAAAGAAGAUGGUUAAGAUAGUGAAAGUGGGCACAACAUUAGAACAAGAAGUCGUACUGUCAGUGUGAAAUUACCAAUGAAUCAAUCUAAUUUUUAAAUUAGCUAACCCAAUUAGUCAGUAGCAAAUGGUUAAACUAAAAGCACUAACUAAGAAGGUAAUAACAAUAUCAAUUAAGACUACGACGAAGAUGAUGAUGAAGAAGAUGAAGAUUAUGAAGCUUCAGGUGAUGAAGAAGAUGACGAUGAUGAAGAUGAUGAUUAAGAAAGUAUUGAUAACGAUGCAGAUUAGCAUCAAUAAAUGCAGAGCAAUCCAAAUCAAUAAACUACAAAUAAUAAGAAAAAGAGUAUAAAAUAGCAAGAUAAAGAUAUGAAAAAUAGUAAAUAAAUGGAUGACUAAAGUAAUAAUAGUGAAAAUGAUGAAGAUGAUUAAGAAGAGAAUGGAGGGAUGGAUGAAGAAGGAGAGUCUGAUGAUCAGGAUAACAAAAAAAGAGAUGAAUACGAUAAUGAAAAAUCUAAGAGUGAUAAGUAAAAGAAAUAAAGCAAAGACAAGAUAAGUUAUGAAGACAAAAUUGAAUUAGAAGGUAUAAAAUCAAGCAAAUAGCAUAAGGGAAAUUGUGGAGGAGAAUAAGAUUUUAAAAUGAGAAAAGAGAUCAACAAGUGUGAUGACUUAAGAAGAAAGAGGUCUGACUAGAGUGAAGGCCGAGUAAUAUCAUCAGGUCCUCCUUCUAGGAAACACUCAAAGCAAAUAGUUUAAAACUCAAAUAAUUAGAAUAGCAAUAAAAACAGAUUUGAAGAUAAUGAAGCUAUUGACAGUUAAAUCGAAUUAGAAGAAACAGAUGAGCAAAAAUAGAGACGUCUCAAGAUUUAAUCAAGAUAAGCUAUGUUGUACAAGAAUCUAUAUUACUUUCCAUAUGUUAGGGCUGUUCACUUUGAAAAAGAUAUUUAGCAAUUUUAACGUAUUGAUGUAAGCUAUGCUGUAUGUUCGGGAAUUGAAGGGAAUACUAUUUCGGUUAAGCAUCCAGAAAUCAACACUUACUGCAUUGGGCUCCCUUAUAAAAGCAAGGAUGACAUUAUUUCAAGAAAUAAAACAGAAUAUCAUGAUGUUUUAUACAAGCAAGAAGAUGAGAGAUAUAGAUAGGAUGGUGAAAUUCAGUUAUUAACUUAAGGUAUACGUAUGUUAGAUCUCUUAAAAAAUAAAUAAUAUUAAAGCUUAGAAGAAAAGCAGUGGAUUAUUGAUGGAAUAAAUUAAAUUUAAAUAUUAUCUUAAUACAAUUCAUAUAACACAUACGUAUACAAUAACUGCAAGUUGAAAAAAAUAAAUCCAUGCGUUAUGGAGAUAGAAAAACUUGAAGAGCAAUUUAGUGAAGAAGAAAUUAAACAAAUUCACAAGGAACUUUAGGAGUUUAAUCAAAAAUAAAUUGAAAUAAAGCAAGAGAUUGUUAUCAAUCCUGAAGUUAAAUCAGAGGAUUAGUAAAAGGCUGAAAAAAUGAUUGAAGAAAAAAAUGAAAUAUAAAUAAAUGAAAGUUUAAAGAAUUAAUAGUAAACUGAUAUUCAAAAAAAAGAAGAGGAAGUAGGUGCAAUUAUUUAAUUAGAUACCUAAGUUGAAAUAGAGGAAGGGGAAAUAAUAGAUGAGGAUGAACUUUCAAAAUUAAAAGAAAAAUAAUAGUAAAAGUAGUAAUAAUAGUCAUAGGAUAAGUCAAGCUCACAAUAAGAGUAAUAAACUAAUUAACUCGAUAAUGAAAAGUAAUUGAACUAAAUAAAAGAAGAGAUCAUAAAUUAAGAUGGUAGUUAAAAUUAAGUUAAAGAGGAAAGCUAAGUAUAAGUUGAAGAUAAAAAUUAAUAAAACAGUCUUUAAUAAGAUUAAACUUAAGCUAAUUAGGUUGAGAUAGAUAUUUAAAAAACUGAAGAUGCAUUAAGAGAGAUUAUGAUUAAUAAAUUCGAAGAAAAAGCUGAAUAAGAGGAAUUUGACCUUAUUUAAGAGCUAUAAGCUAAAAUGUAGCUCAGAAAAAAGGCCUUAAAAGAUUGUAAAGAGCAAUUCUAAGAAAAAUGGAGAAAGUUAGAUUAGCUUUAUUAUCCUGCCUCGAUUGACUAAAAAACUUACAAUGCAAAAAAAUUAGAAAAUUAGAAUUUACAUUUGAAUAAAAUUAUUUUUAAAUUCAUUGAAAAGGAAGCUGAAGCUAGAAGGAUUUCUAAUUAACUUAUGCAGGAAAUUUUACUUUCAAAUAAUUAAGGAGGAAAUCGUAGAUAUUCCUUAUCAAGUAAUGAUCAAAACACCUUAAAAAAUAAUAUUCAAGACAAAGUUAGUCCAGAUUUAACAAGUUUUUUCAAUUUUGAAAGGUGUUUGAUUGAUUAAUCAGCUCAAGAAGCUUAAGAAGUCUAAGAUAAAAACUAAAAAUUAUUAUUUUAAGAAAUGUAAAAAUUUUAUUAAGCAAAUCAUGAAUUUUCACUUGAUUAAGGAAAAAAAAAGAAUAAAAAAAAGUCAUCGAGCUAAAAGCAUCUCAUAGAUUUUCCUAGCUUUACAUUUAAUUUUUAAAAUAAAGAAAUAUUGUAAAUGUCAGUUGACUUGAUAUAUACAUUUUUAAGAGAGUAGCAGCAAAGGGACAAGCUAUAAAUAACUGAGGAACAUAUUAAUAUAUUUUAACAAAUUUCUAAAUGUAUUUUGUAAGUAACUCCAUAAAUUUUAAAGGAUACAAUUAAUUCCUAAUAGAAGCGCUCUAUUUUGAACUAUUUAAAAAGCUAAAGAUUGAAUUAAGAAGAUUAUUAAUUAAACCAUUUUUAUGAAAAUAUGAAUAAAGAUAUUCCAGAAGAAUAGGCCUUCAUUUAAAAUAUUAAAGGAGAGUCUAGUAACUCUGAGAAUAGCUUAAAAUAAAUUAGUUCUCCUACUCACAAAUCUUAAAACGGAACAUAAAACUUCCAUCCUCUAUUUGGUAACUCUAAUCACUAUUAAACUAAAUCAUCUUAAAAAAUAUUUUAGUAAAACGGCUGUAGUUUAUUUAUAUCCUCAUAAAUUAAAAGUAUUCCUCAUUUCUAGCAUUCUAAAUAUUUCCCAAAAAGCGAAAAUAGACCUUUUGCGUUUGGAGGCAAAUAUUUUUUUUCAAUUUUACACUACGUUAAUGCUAUUUAUUAAAGAUUGCUAUAUUUGGUUCUCCUUAUCUAGAAAUAUAAUGCCAAGAAUGUAUAUGUACCUGAGGAAUUCUUGAGUGAGGAGUUAUAAGAGAGUAGCUAAACAUGUUUAAACAGUGAUGGAAGUAUUUCUCUUAAGGACUUAUUUAUUGGUGUACUUAUAGGCCAUGUUAAAGAUGAAAUCGAAGAAAUGUCCUAUGAAUCCACUAUGAAAACUUUGGGUGUAAAGAAUAGUAUAUAUCUUCUAAAUAUAAAAUAUAUUUUAAAUAACGUAUGGAAAUCUCUUUAUAGCCUUAACAAAGAUAGCAACGAAUAUAAUUUAUAUAAUUGCUUAUAUGAGUCAAUUGUUAACAAUAACAAUUAUUUUGAUGAAUUGUAUAGAAGAAUUAUCUUGCAUGCAUUAGAUGUAAUUGAAGAGGAAGAAGAGGAAGAAAGAAGAAAUAAAAAUUCAUUAGAGGAAGAUGAAGAAUCAAAUGAGACAGGAGCAUAAAAAUAAUUUAGCGAAAAUUCUAUUGCUAUGAUUCCUAUUUGCAGAGCAUUCUAUGAGCCAUAGUCAUAAAUGGUUUUCAUCCAUAGCUUACUUUUAAAAGAUAUAUUACCUCUUAACUCUAAUUAUGCAUAAGAAGCUAAUUAAGAAGAGAGCAUUGAAGAAGAAGAAGUUGCACCACCACCUAAGGUUUCAAAGAAAGAAAGCAGCCAAUUAAAGAGAAAAGGUUCUUAAUAAAAGGAAUCAUCUGAACAUCCUGAACCUGAACAUAGACAAAGGGCUUAAUCUAAGCAGAAGGUUUUAAUUUAAAAGGAGUAGGAACUAAAUAAAGAGUAAUCUGAUAUUUAAGAGGAUGAAGAUGAUAAAAAAAAUAAUUCUAUCGGAUAAAAGAAAGUUAAUAAAAAAGUAGAAAAUGAAGAAGCAGAAAUAAAAAGUUAAUAAUACUAAAUUAGCAAUAAAAUAGAUGAAGAAAAUAUUGAAGCCGAUGGUAGCAAUGUUAAUAAUAAUCAUGAGGAAGAACAUGACGAAGAAAGUAGUAACAGCAAUAAAAAAGUUAAUAAAUAAAAAAAAGUAAACAAGUAAAUUAAGAAGUAAGACAAACAUUUACUAAACAAUAAUAAGAAUGUAAAUAACAAAAGCAAUUAGAUAGCAGAUAAAAACAACUCUACAGAAGAAAAUAGUAAAUAAUCUUAUAAAUUAUAAAAUUAAUAAUAAAAAUAACAACUAUAGAUAUAAUAGCAACAUUAAAACUAACAUUAGCUAUAAAUAUAAUAAUAAUUAAUGUAGAAUGAAGUUAACAAACUAAAUUUAUUACAAUAAAAUGGUGAAAAAGUCAAAAAAAGUUAGAACGUAGAGGAGGAUCAGUCUAUUACAGCAAACGCUGCUGUUCCAAGCAAAGAACAUCUUUCACCUAAAAAAGCUUAAAAUGGUACAAAAAUUUUGAAUUAACAUACAGAGGAAUAAGUUCAAAAUUAAAUAGAUUAGGAAAAACAAUAAGAAUAAAAAGAUUUAGAUUAGAAUCAGCUAUAAAUAUAAUAAGCUUAAUAACAGCAAGAGCAAUUAUUAUAAUAAUAAUUUUAAUAAAAUUAAUUAAAGUAAUAACAAUAAUUCUUAUAAUAACAGUAAUGGUAAUAUUAGUAGUAAUAAUAGAAAUAGUAGCAAAUUAUUUAAGAUAUUAACGUAAAUCCACAGUAAAAUCUAACUGAAAUUUAAAAAUAGCAAAUGUUUUAUUUCUAAUAAUUAAAUUAAUUAAAAUAAAUGAAAAUUGUUGCAUAGCAAUAGCCUAACCAAGCUUAAUAAUUGUAGUAGAUUGACUAGAAGAUAAAUGAAGUAGAAUAGCAAAUCAUGUCUAUAUAAGAAUUUUUAAAAAUAUAAUAAUAAUUAGAAAUAAGAAAAAGAGAAGAGUCAAAUCUUUCUUCACAACAACAGCAAUAGGCUAAUUUAGGUGAUUCUAUAAAAGGAGAUGAUGAAUAAAAUGAUAAGGAAGAUCUGCUUGGAGUUAUGACUAUUGAUCCCCCAAACUUUGAUAAUUUUAUGUGUUAAGCUUCAGAUAGCGGAAACAAUUCAAACAAUUUAAAUACAAGAUAAAAAUCUGGAUCAGAUCAGUAGAGUGAGAAGGAAGUUUAAUAAAAAUAAACUAAACACUAAAAGUAAGAAAAAUAAAGUGAAGGAAAUAAUAAGAUAAAUUUAAGGCUUAACGUGAGUAAACCAGAAAAGAAGGAAGAUUAAUUAGGUUUAAGUGGAUAGAAGGAACCUCAAGCAACUCCUACUACUCCUCAAUUCAAAUAAUAUCCUUUAGGACUUUAAUAGCAAUAACAGCUAUAAAUUUAACUAUAAGGUCUAAAUUAAUAACAAGUUCCUGGAGGGUUAGGAUCAUCUCAUAUAUUUACUCAAGACUAACAAAUUUAACAUUCAAAUCAGUAGUUGUAAUAAGGAUUGCAUACCUCUCAAAAUCGCGGUGGAAAUUUACUCUAAAAUUCUUAGUAAUUAUCUCAAGUCGCUCAACAGCCUCCUUCUCCUUAAUUUGGUUCUCAGCAGUCAAUUGCCCUAAAUACUCAACACAAUAUUGAAGCAAUUAAAUAAUAAAUUAUUAUAACUUAGAUGAGAAUGAAAGAGUUACGUGAAAGAUUAGAAAUUCUCAAAAAACUUGAUUAGUUAAAGCAAAUAAUGCCUGAUUAAAUUGUUGAAUAUAAAAUAUUGGUGGAAAAUUAUUAAAAUGAAGAGUAGAACUAUCAUAGUUUGAUUAUUUUAUUACAAUAAUAAUAGUAGUAGCACUAAGUAUAAUAAUAAUAGUAGCAAAUUUAGUAAAAAUAACUGCUCAGCAACUCAAUAUCUUUAGGCGGCGAUGCAGCUCUCCUUUAAGGAAAUUAGAUGUAGAAGUAAAUGCAGUUGUAAAAAUCUCAGUAACUAGAUAAAUCUGAAGGUUUGCUUAAUAGCUCUAAUCAUGGAAACAGAGCUGCUACUUCAGCUUAAUCCUAAGCUAUGAAUAAGCAAAAUACAUCAACAAAUUUAAUAGAUGUAUUAAAAAAAAGCUAAUAACUACAACAGGGAAGUAAUAUAGCAGCUUUAGCUAGUUAGUAAGGCUAAUAAAGCUCUCUUCUUAACCCAACUUUGGCAUCGUCUAUUGGUAUAAGUAACCCUUUAAAUGCUGCAUAGGUAAAUGCUAAUGCUAAUUUGUCAGCUUCUGAUAUAUAGCAGCUAAAAUAAACUAAUCCAUAGUUGUAUUAGUAAAUAGUAAUGAAUUAGCAGCAAUAAUAAUAGCAAUCAUUGUUAACUUAAAGUUAAUAGAUUUAAUCAUAAUAGCUUGCUUUAUUGUAGUAGUAAUAGUAACAGUAAUUAAGGUUCCAGUAAUAAUAAUUGCAAAAAUAAGGCCUUUUAGACUCUAGCGGAGUAAAUGGCUAAAUAUCUAACCAAUCAAUGAUACCUGGUUAAAGUAAUAAUGAAGUAACUCUUGGUACUUCUUAACUUUGGACUAAUAACAACCCAGCUGCAUCUUCAAGUGUGGGAUUAUCUACUCCAACUGAUCAAAAGGGAGGUUAAUUAAAUAUGCAAAAUUUAAAUGCUUAGGGAUCAGACUAAAAUGCUAUACAACUUUUUAAAUUAGAAUAAAUGCGUUAAUAAUAGAUGUAAACUAAUCUCAGCAAUAGUAUCCAUAUAGAUAAAGGAUAAACUUUACCAAAUACAUCUCAAGUUAAUUUGUUUUCGAGCUAAUAAGCAACUACAUUCCCUUCCCUAGGAGAAUCAGCACAUCAUCCAGCAUAACUUUCUACUUAAAUCAGAGGUCAAAAUGCUACUCCAACAGGUGGAGCUCCAAACUAAAAUUAAAACUUAUCAUCUGCAUUGUAAAGCUUUUUAUUGAAGAAUGGAGGAAUGAACUCUGCACAAGGCAUGCAAAUAGUUGGAGCUGCAGAAAAUGGUUAAAUAUAACAACUAAGCGAAAGUCUUGCAUCACCAAACUUAACUUAAAGCUAAAUGGAAUAGUUAAACUAGCAUUAGUAAUAAUUAUCACUCUAAAGAUAAUUAUAGCACCAUUAACAGCAAUAGUAGCUAUCUUAGCAGAUUUAAAAUUAACAGCUCUAAAACCUAAAUAUUUAAAAUUAAUAAAUGUCAUAACAGCAGCAAGUAUAUUAGCAAAUUAUGCAAUAACAAUUACUCAAAGAAAAAAUGUAAAUUGCUUAACAAAGAGCUCAAUAAGAGUAAGAAUUUCUGCAAAAAUAUUAGUAGUAGUAGCUUGCAGCCAAUCAUUAGCUUCUAGAAAUGAAUAAUACUCUUACUCCAAACGAGAAGCUUUAUUUAUAACAGCAAUAGCAAUUUUAGCAGAAUCAAGGAGGAUUAUCCUAAUCAUAGCUAAUACAACUUUAGCAGUCUGGAAAUAACCCAAGUUUAUUCCUUUUAUAAUAGUAAUAAUAAAAUUAGAGAUUACAGCAAUAGCCAAAUUAGUAAUAAUUAGCUUAGUAGUCUUAAAUUUAAGCUCUCUAGCUAUAACAAUAAUAGUAGCGCUUAUAACUUCUCCAAUAAUAAUAGCCUUAGCAAAACUUACCGAACUAACAGAUAAUUUUAUAGAACUAGCCUAUUUAAAGUAUGUCUUAGCAAUAACAAUAGUUGUUGAUGGCUCAAUAGUAAUAAAAAUAAAAUUAACUGUUAUUCUCUUAAUAGAACUAAUUAGUAAUGCCUAACCUCUCUUAAUCUUAACAGCUGUAAUAACUCUAAAUACAAAAUUAGAUGAAAAAUAUGCAAGCAUAAGGUAUUUUGGAUCCAUCUUCUCAAAUUUAAUUGAACCCUGCUGAUCCGAAUAUUCAAGAACUACUAAAUAACGAAUAUUUAAAACAGUAAUACCUACUUUAACAGUAGCAGUAGUAAUCCUAAUUAAUUAAUGCUAAAAGAGCAAACCUAUUAAUGGGUGGUAUCGAUAUUGGUUAACAAUAUGGAGAUAAUCUUACAAAAUUCAAAAAGAUCUGA